AUACGCGGCGUCAUAGCCUGCUUUCAUCACUGUCCCACAUUCCACUCUCCUCCAUCUCGACUGCCAAUUCAAACCGCUGACUUUUUUUUCACGGUCCACUCCGGCGUACUCUCCUCCUCCUAGAAAACCCUAACCCUCUCCAAUGUCUCCCUCCCAAAUCAAAACCCUAACUUCAACAUCUCUAAAAUCCCAGUGCCUUUCUCUCUCAUCUCCCUCGAAACCCUAGAUUACCUCACGACCCUAACAUCAAUGGACUCACCUUACCUCCUCCUCUUGCUUCUAAUCCCUCUCGUUCCUCUCCUUUUCCUUUUAGUCCUCUGCUUCCUCGUCCGCCCUAAAUCGGUCAAGAUCCCGAUCAAGAAGCGCCACGUGUUCAUCACCGGCGGAUCGAGCGGUAUUGGCCUCUGCAUCGCUCGUCAGGCGGCGGCCGAGGGCGCCAGGGUCUCGAUCCUCGCCCGCAACCUCGCGAAGCUCGAGGAGGCGCGGGAUAUCAUUCGCCUAGCUACCGGAGUUGAGGUUGGGAUCUUCAGUGCUGAUGUGAGAGAUGCUGAGGCGGUGGCGAGAGCGGUGGAGGAGGCGGGGCCUGUUGAUGUGUUGGUGUGUAAUCAGGGGAUUUUUACACCGAAGGAGCUGGAGUUGCAGGAUAUUAGUGAGAUUAGGUUGAUGAUGGAGGUUAAUGUGAUGGGGACUUUUCAUAUGAUUAAGGCGGCGUUGCCGGCAAUGAAGAGGAGGGUGAAGGAGACUGGGGUUCCUGCUUCUAUUGCUCUUGUUUCUUCUCAAGCUGGGCAGGUUGGUGUCUAUGGAUAUACAGCUUACGCUGCAAGCAAAUUUGCCCUUCGGGGUUUAGGGGAGGCUUUGCAGCAGGAGGUUGUGUCUGACAACAUUCGUGUGAGUUUGAUAUUUCCUCCGGAUACGGACACUCCGGGCUUUGCCGACGAACAUAGGCUAAGGCCAGAAACCACAACUCUGAUAGCUGGGUCUGAGGGUUCUGCAAUGAAGGCUGAUGAUGUUGCUAAAAUAUCCUUAAAUGGUAUCAAAUCUGGAGCUUUUAUUGUACCCUGUGGUUUCGAGGGAACCAUGCUAGCCAUUGCAACAGCAGGUUUGUCACCACAGCCAUCAAGCUUAGGAGCAUUCAUCGAGGUUUUGGGUGCUGGUUUGAUGCGCUUCCUAGGGCUAUGUUUCCAGUGGAAUUGGUAUAGCAUAAUACAGAAGUGCCAUGCCAAGAAAAAUAAGAAGUAAGCUGCUUACAUGGAAUUUGUUGAAAACCUUGGCAGUACGGGUAAUACGCCUGAGAAGACUGUGGAGAUUAUGUUCUGGUUAAGGAAAUUGUGCUGGAGACUGUUUGGUAACAUCCGAUUACUAUGUUCAAUAAAGUCUUAUCUGUAGACUAAUGUAAGAAUAAGCGUAUAUUAUUGGGAGUUAUCUGUCAUCAUUUCAUCCAUUUUCCAUUUUCAGUUUGUACUGCAAUGUAUUUUCACCCUCUUGUAAUGAGAUACACUCUCGGUAAACUCUUGUUUUUUGUCGUCUAUUAAGAAUUAUUUCUUCCUCGUAUUCGUGAAAA